AUGGAGGGGGACCUGGGGGCCCCCAAUGCCAGUGUGCUGGGGGAGCACUCCCUGCUUGUGGGCAGCAGCUGGGUGGCCGCCUUCCUCUGCUUCAUCAUCCUGCUGACCACGGCAGGCAACUUCCUCCUCAUCCUCCUCAUCGUCACUCAGCGCUCCCUCCGCAACACCUCCAACUACUUCUUGGUGUCCCUCUUCAUGUCGGACCUGAUGGUGGGGCUGGUGGUGAUGCCCCCGGCCAUGCUCAACCAGCUCUAUGGCCGCUGGGUGCUGCGGGGAGACUUCUGCUCCCUCUGGGCCUCCUUCGACGUCAUGUGCUGCAGUGCCUCCAUCCUCAACCUGUGCGUCAUCAGCCUGGACCGGUACCUGCUCAUCACGUCCCCGCUCAGAUACAAGCUGCGCAUGACGUCCUGCAGGGCCCUGGUGCUCAUCCUGGCCACCUGGACCUUGGCUGCGCUGGCCUCCUUCCUGCCCAUCAAGAUGGGGUGGCACGAGCUGGAGUUCGAGGUGCGGCCCCUGAACGUCACCGGCCGGGGGGACGAGGACCAGUGCCGGCUGCUGGUCAGCCUGCCCUACGCCCUGGUGGCCUCCUGCCUCACCUUCUUCCUGCCGUCCGCCGCCAUCUCCUUCACCUACUGCCGCAUCCUGCUGGCAGCGCGCAAGCAGGCCGUGCAGGUGGCUUCCCUGGCCUCCAAUGUGGCCACCACCGACGAGGCCACGCCACAGGUCCCACAUGCCCCAAGCCAGCCCCUGGCCGGCAGCGAGAGCAGGAGGUUCACCAACAAGCACAGCAAGAAGGCUCUGAAGGCCAGCCUGACCCUGGGCAUCCUCCUGGGCAUGUUCUUCGUGGCCUGGCUGCCCUUCUUCAUCACCAAUGUAGCUCAGGCAGUUUGUGACUGUGUCCCAGCCGGAUUCUUCGAUGUGCUCACCUGGCUGGGCUACUGCAACAGCACCAUGAACCCCAUCAUCUACCCGCUCUUCAUGAGGGACUUCAAGAGGGCUAUGGGCAAAUUCCUGCCCUGCUGCCGCCGCUCCGCGGAGCCCCGGCCCAGCGCCAUCUCCCUGUCCAUGAGGAAUUCCAACAGCGGGCCCCGCGCUGCCACGUCCCUCAAGAACGUCCUCACCCUGCAGGCUGAGACCGACUCCAUCGACUCUGGGGCACCGGGGAGUGAGCCCAGGCUGCUCCCGGCCCCGCGGGGCCCCGGCGCCCGCUCCAUCAGCCUUUGGGAUGCGGAGCCACCAGACACGGAGCUGCAGCUCGGCACCCCUGUGGCCUGA